UCCAUAUGUCUCCUCUUUUGCCGUUGGAAGUCAUCUCUCGGGAGCUCCCCUGGUGGAUAUCGGCCACGCUGGAGCCCUUACCAAGACGUGAUGCCCACCUACAAUCAGCUGGCUCCCGGCUCUCUCCUCAACCAGCAGUACGGCGCAGUGCAGGGUCUAGGGUUCCACGGUAUCCCCGCCAGAAGAGCUCCGAUGGUCGAGCAAGCCGUUCAGACGGUUCCUUUGGCCAGCAGUGCUCAGAAAAAGGGGAAAUCCUCAACUCAGCCGCAGCAGCUCAGACAGACUGUUCGUCCAGCCCAGCACGCCGUCUCCCAGGUUCAGAAAGAGAAUGUCCCCAACAAUCAAACCGCAUCCCAGCCAAGUGAAAGCAAAACGCAAGGUCGAAGCACUGAGAAUAAAAAACAAAGGCGAAAACAAGGAAGCCGCAGGUCCAGGAAGAGAAUGUCCCCAACAAUCAAACCGCAUCCCAGCCAAGUGAAAGCAAAACACAAGGCCGAAGCACUGAGAAUAAAAAACAAAGGCGAAAACAAGGUAACCUAACA